AUGGAUUUCGCUCCUAGUCAGUUGGACAUCAAUGAAAUAUUCGAGCAAACGGUAGAGAAUGAGGAAAAUUCCGAUGGAGGCAUUAAAUACAAAGAGGUCAUGGUGCCAAAAGUUAAGACGGAAGAUCCGGAAACUCUAAUAGCUCGCAAGUAUCAGAUAGAACUUUAUGAGAAGGCGAGGAGUGAUAAUGUCAUCGCAGUUUUAGAUACCGGUAGUGGAAAGACUUUUAUCGCUGUAAUGCUGAUAAAAGAAAUAGCAAUGAAAGAGAAGCAUCUGAGAAAGGAUCGGAGAAGGACAAAACUCACAUUUUUUCUUGUGAAUCUUGUUCCGCUGGUGUUCCAACAAUCCAAAGUGAUCGAUAGCAAUUGUGAUCUCAAGGUCAAACACUUUUGUGGUGAGAUGGGCGUCGAUCUUUGGAGUGAGGACGAGUGGAAGCGUAAUUUUGAGCAGUUAGAUCGUAGUCUGAACGCCCGGGUUUUUACGGCGACUGACACAGAGGAGCUCAGAAAGUAUGUGAAUCGUCCUGAAGAGAUAUCCAUAAAGUAUGACCCCCCUCCACCAUACGAAGGAACCUCGUUAUAUCAAACACUUUGGGGUGAAUGUAUGGCCAUGGAUAGAUUUAAGCGGGCGUUUAUGAGUUCGCAAGAAGCACUUCGGACCCUCGGACCAUGGUGUUCCGACCGUAUCUGGCGAUAUGUCCUGGAUGAAAUGUACAAAAAAAAUGAAGGCAGGUUAGACCCGGAAGUGUAUGAUUUGGAACUACUCGAAGAAGAAAAGCAAUUAUUGCAGAGGGCCAUAAAUAUUGUUGAGAAGUGGGAAUUUCGGAAACCAGAAGUUAACAUCGAAGCUCUAUCGCCCAAAGUGAUACAACUAAUCGCAAUUUUGAGUUGCUUCAAAGACGAAUCCAAUGAUUUCUGCGGAAUUGUCUUUGUCGAACGCCGACACACGGCCAACGUGUUGGAUUGUUUGCUAAGGGAAAUUGACGACCUCAAGUUUAUCUCAUCCGGUGUUCUGGUGGGUCAUGGUACCGUCGAGGAAGGUGAUUUACAGAUGAAAUUCAAAGAACAAAUUAAAACGAUAAACAAUUUCCGUCAAGGCAAGAUAAAUUUAUUGAUAGCCACAAAUGUUGCCGAAGAAGGUUUAGACAUUCAACCAUGCAAUGUUGUCAUCCGGUUCGAUUUUUUUGGCACCUUACGGGCCUACAUUCAAUCUCGGGGACGAGCUCGUCGCCAAGAUUCAAGGUACAUCGUGAUGAUCGAAAAAGGAAAUCUUAAGGAGCAAGCCAUACUCGAAGAAAUGAAGGGGGCGGAGGAGAAGUUGAAGCAGUGGUGCAGAAUGCUUCCCGAUGAUCGAAAAACGACGGGCGCCCUUCUGAGUCACGAUUCGGCGAUUGAUUUGGUCUACUAUUAUUGUUCAAAACUUCCUCAAGAAGAUGAAUAUGGUCAUUUCCAACCGGAUUUUAGAGUCGAACGAGAGACCGAAGGUUAUAUUUGCUUCUUGACGUUUCCAAGCAAUGCGCCUAUCAGGGAGGUGAAGGGCGAGAUCGCGAGUAGUCGAAGCAAGGCCAAGAAAUCGUCGGCGUUCAAGGCUUGCCUGCAAUUGCAUGAGAAGAAGGAGUUGGACGAUCAUUUGCUGCCGACAGUUGAAUAUGUAGAGGAGGACCAUGAGAUGAAAAACCCAAUCAAGGAUGAACAAGGGUUUGUCGAGGGGGCCCGAAAAUCCAAGAGAAAUUACCACCUCAAAUCUCCAGAUUUUUGGAAGAUCGACGAGGAUCAACUGGAGAUUCCUGAGAAAUUAUACGGCACCGUCCUCAAAUUGGAUUUUGAGGACGAGAUAUAUAACGAACAAUCUUAUCGUACUUUCUGUUUGUUGACCCGUCAACAAUUUCCCGAGGUUCCACCUAUUACAUUGUACUUUCACGGUGAUCCCCAAACUCUACGCGUUCUUCCUUAUUCCACUCCAAUUAACAUCAAUUCCGAAAAAUCAAGGAUGGCAUUCAACUUCACAUUGCGAACAUUCACAUCUAUAGUAAACAAAGAGUUUAAGUGCGAAUUCGAGAGAUUCUCAUACUUUGUUGUACCGCUGAUUCCUAACACGCCGAUCGACGGAAACACGCUUAGCUUCAUCGACUGGGAGAGCGUAGAAAGGGCGGUCACGCAUCGACACAUACCGAUCGAUCUGAAUAAUAUGCAUGACCUUGUGGACGCCGUGAUAAUCGACUACUCGGAUAACUCACGACGAUAUUUUGUUCAGGACGUUCAAAACGAUUUAAAUCCAUUUUCUCCUGUACCAUCCGGGAUGGCAAUCCGUGAAGCCGGCUGUCAAAAUUUUGUAGAGUACUAUAGGAAAAAUUUCAGCGGUCUUGAGUUAAAAUAUCCCAAUCAGCCAUUGUUGAAAGUACGUAAAAUUUCAAAGGUCAUGAAUUUCUUGCAACCGGUGCCAGGCGCCAUUCCGGCCUUGAAAGGUCGAGUCGCCACUUACGUGAUACCCGAGUUUUGCAAAGAAUACCCGAUCCGAGCUUCGAUCUUCCGAUCGGCUCUCAUGUUACCGGCCAUUCUCACAAGGAUCGAUUCGCAGCUGUUGGCCUUAGAGUUAAGAUUUCGGCUUGACUUGCCAACCAAAGACGACAUACUCUUGGAAGCGUUGACAACACCUUCGGCCAACAUGGGGAUGAAUUAUGAACGCCUCGAGACGUUGGGCGAUUCAAUCUUAAAGUUUGUCGUCACCAUCAGAUUGUACGUCAUGUUUCCCGAUAAGCAUGAGGGUAAAUUGCAUUGUCAGCGAAUUCGAAUUAUUUGUAAUCGGGAGCUCUAUCGAUCUGCGAAACGACUAUACCUUUACGAACACAUCACCUCUUUACCAUUUAACCGUCGGACGUGGCGACCAACAAACAUGAUAACCGCGAACGACGACCCCGAGAUGCUUGAGAAGUCUCACGAGCUAGCGGACAAGACACUAGCGGAUGUGGUCGAAGCCACACUAGCGGCAGCGUACUUGAGCGGUAACAUUGAAGCAGCUUUAAAGUGUUGCAUAGCGAUGGGCGUUCCAAUGGAUGAUAUCACGGAAUGGAAACAUUUUCAUCUUAAUAAUAAAAAUUCGCCUCGUGUCAAAUCCAAGGCGCUCGAGAAACUUGACGUCGAGAGAGUUGAGAGUAUCUGUGGGUACACGUUCAAAAACAAGAUUUUAAUUGCCGAGGCGUUGACUCACGCCAGCCUUCCCAAUUCCACGACUUCCUGUUACCAACGUCUUGAAUUUCUGGGUGACGCAGUCUUGGACUUCAUGACGGUCAAAUACUUGUAUGAUAAAUACCCGAGCGGGGCACCUGGAUUAUUAACGGAUCUAAAGGAUGCGUCGGUUAAUAAUCAUAUCCUUGGUGCAAUUUGUGAAAGGAUAGGUCUCCACAAACACAUCAUUCAUUUCUCACCAAAGCUAAUGUCGGCGAUGACCGAGUUUGUGAGGGUAAUUGAGGGGAUGAGAGAGAACGGGGAGGCCGUGGGAGAAUAUUGGAGCGAUGUGGAUGUUCCCAAGGUGAUGAGUGAUGUUGUCGAAAGUAUGUUGGGGGCAGUUAUUGUGGAUGCCGAAUUUGAUCCGGAAGUUGCGCAGCGAGUGUUUGAUAAAUGGGUGAAACCGAUUUUAGAUGAGUUUGUCACGCCGGAAACUUUGAGGGUUCAUCCGGUAAAGAAAUUUACAGAGUUCAUGCAAAAACAUGGGUGCGAAGAGGUAUUAUUGAGAAAUCAUACGUCGGAAGAAUUAGACAGUAUUCAGGAAUGUACAAUAUUCAUUCACGAAACGAAGGUGGCCCAGGGGGCUGCCAGUAAUAUUCGAUCGGCGAGAAGGUUAGCCGCCACAAAAGCCAUGGAAAGGAUAGAGGCUCAACCCGAAUUUCUCGAGUCGGUAUGCAGUUGCACUGCUCUUCCACGAAACUCAUUAUAUGACGACGAUGAGGACGACGAAGUGUUGUUGGAUUAA